GGAAAGUUUCCCACGCCUCAUCCCGACUUGAACGUAUGCCUCCUCCAACGUUCACAACGGUGAGCGUUGGGACUGCCGCUUCCCAUGCAUCUCCCCAACUGCUACAGUGGUCCUGCGCGGGACAGCUUUUGAUUAUGAUGCGCAGUGUGAUAUAUAUUCUGACGCCGGCCCUGGGAGUCAAUUUUGACAUUGACUCAUCGUUCAUUGGCCAGCCCCCAGGAAUACUGAUUCGAGACACGGAGCCCCAUCUUAGGUGGUUCCGAACUGUGAUAGAACUUGACAUGUCGGAAACGCAUCGCUGGGCGAGCUUUUCUAUGCAUCCCUCUACAAACUCCAUUGGCACUACGAGCUUCACAUGGCGGGACGCCGCCUGGUCGCCACCGAAUAUCUCAACUCAUGGAUGCGCGCUAGCAACAUUGAGUAGCAAUCAUGAACUUGGGAUAUGGACGCCAAAUAACAAUUAUUUGCACGGAGAAUGGAGCAAGGCAUGGCUGAUCUAUGGCACGCUGGAUGCCUAUUGAAAUUUCAUCCAAGAUUCAGGACUUAACGGAGCUGCUCAGGGAUUUGGCAUGUUCGGUCUUUCCUGAUGAUACGCCUGACGUCGAACAAAAGCGGGUUUUGUUCUGCCAAAUCAAUUGUGAGUCGAAGUCUUUUACACGAAAAUACACAAUUCCAUAUUGCACUGUGAGGUGUGGCCUGGUCGUCACACUUGAGAGUUGGUUUGGGGGAUCAUUUGAAGCACAUCUCCGUCCUUUCCCUUGGAAA